AUGGCAGCAAGUCCUGGGAGCCGAGAGCUCUCAGGUGUCACUGGGACUACAGCUCCAAACGUUGGCAGCUGCGUGGAUCAGCCCAGACCCCCAGGAGGGGACAGAUGGACAGAGCCGCAGGGUGACAGGGAGCUGUUUCCUGAGGGGGAGCUACUGCUGCAGGCACUCAAUGGAUUUGCCAUCGCCACGACUGGAGACGGCUACAUCAUCUAUAUCUCCCCUGCCGUGUGGGACUACUUGGGCUUCCACCAGUCGGAUCUCAUCUACCAGAGUGUGUACGAGAUGAUCCAUGCGGGCGACAGGGCCGUCUUCCGCCGCCAGCUGCACAGGACCCCACUGCAUGCUGCUGACAGUGAAUGCAGCGCCACGUCCAGCCCCCAGCACCUCCAUGCUGAGAAGCAAUCCUUGGUGGAGAGGAGCUUCACCUGCCGCUUCCGCUGCCUGCUGGAUAACUCCUUGGGAUUCUUGGCCUUGAAUUUCCACACCAUUACAGGGUGCCUGAAGUUCCUUCUUGGGCAGCAAAAGUCAGCAGCAGACAAGUCCCCAGUUGCUCUCUUUGCCAUUGCCACACUCCUCCAGCCUCUCUCCAUCCUGGAGCUCCAGACCAAAACACUGAUCUUCCAGACAAAGCACAAGCUGGACUUCACUCCCAUGGCCUGUGAUUCCCGGAGGAAGGUUGUCCUGGGAUACACAGAAGUGGAGCUGUGCAGAAGAGGGUCCGGAUACCAGUUUGUUCAUGCGGCUGACAUUAUGCACUGCGCAGAGCACCACGUGAGAAUGAUGAAGACAGGGGAGAGCGGGCUGACAGUAUUCCGGCUGCUGACCAAGAGGAGAAGCUGGGUGUGGGUGCAGGCCAACGCACGGCUGGUGUACAAACUGAUGCCCGACUGCAUCAUCGCCCGUCAGUGAGCCCUGUCGAAUGAAGAAGGGGAGGAACAUCUCCAGAAGAGAAACUUGCAGCUGCCUUUCAGCUUUGCCACAGGGGAAGCAGUCUUGUGUGGGAAUGACCUUCCUGGGUUCUUUGACUCGUUCCAAGCCAAGGAGGAGUUGCAGGUGCAAGCAAACUCCAAGUCAGAGCAGCGCUUGGUAGACCCCAGCUCUCUCCUUGGGGCCAUGAUGAAGCAGGAUGCAUCCGUAUACAAUUCCCACGCUGAUAACGUGCCUCAGGUCUCCCUGCUAGCUCUCAUCCCUGAGCCUGAUGGGCUGACUCAGAAGGAGGAUGUCAGCAGGGCCAAGGAGGACAGCAACUCCCUCCUGGUGGUCAUCGAAACCCUCUUUGAGAAGAGUGAGGUGGAUGGAAACGUCUGCCAGACCCUAAAGGUGGACAGCACAGAGCUGCAGCAGUGGGAGGAGGCUCUGCUCAGCCUGGGGGUAGAGGAGGAGCCACUAGCUCAGGGGCUUGGCCAGAGGCCGGGCACCAAGGUGACAUCCUAUAUAGAGCAGAUGCUCCCCAGGGAGGGUGUUGGAAAGAGCCUGGACUUCCCACACUGCCAUGAGGAAAACAGUGCUAUGGCUCACUUCCAGCGCUGCUGGGCAGCUGGUUCAGCAUUCCCAGCACAGCCCCAGGCAGCGGGCACAUGGGGAGGCCAGGGGGCUGUGGGCUCCGUGGGCUCCGUAGCCUCCGUUACCUCUGAGGGCAGCUUUGCCCAGCCAGAGCAGCAGGCUGGGGCAGCUCCUCAGAGGAGCCAUGGGGCAGGGCCAGUGCACCACAGCGGACUCCUGCUGAACUCCAGCAUGGAUCCCAGCACCCACGAGAUGGACUGCGUUGUGCUGUCCAAGUGCCACUAUGGAAACAGCCUUUUUAGGCAUGAGAGCAACUUCCUGAGGGAUGCUGCUAAACCUGGUUUGGGGCUCCAUGUGAACCAGGAGCCCUGUCUUGAAAAGCCACCAGCAGCUGUGAGCUCUUCUGGUACCCGCCAGAGAUCAUCCAAAUCCUUUGGAAAAGAUGUUACCAAGCACUUCAAGAAGCUCAGCAGCAUUGAAGGGUCUCAGGGCUCCAGGGUGCUCAGCAAGAUCUGCAACUCCACUGUGGUGGUGCGUGGCUAUGCAAAUGAAGCAGAAAGCUUUCGCCUGGCCGACGCCCCUGGAAAAAGGAGCCGGGCGGAAACAAGGAAGUCGGAUAGAGAAAGCGACAAGUGUCGCCACAAUCCGUCACCGCGGGAGACACAGCUGCUGAUGCCGCCACUGCUGAGUCGUCAGUGCCAGAGUCCACCCGGUGGGAAAAAGCCCUUGGACCACGGCAUCCCAGGGAGUAGACGCAACUUCCGCACACCCUGA